AUGUUGAGUGCAUCGACAGACUUUGACGAAGUGGACACCCAACUCAAGAAAUACGAGAUUAAGCCAUCGUCGAAGAUCGACGAGGAGAUUAACAAGACGAUUUCGCAAGCGAUGGAGAACACAUGCCUUUCACAAGGGGACUCCAUUCUUCUCCUCCGUUCCUUCAAGUGGAACUUAAACAAAAUGAACGACGUGUACUAUGACGACCAAGACAAGUACUUGGCUCGCGCAGGAACAUCUUUCAGCUCAUGUGAAGAGCCGACCGCUGUCACCACAUGUCCUGUUUGUUAUGAGGACUAUCCACCAAACAAGAUGUAUGCCUUGUCUUGUGGGCACUACUUUUGCGUCAACUGUUGGAAGAGUUAUGUCAAUGAAACAAUGAAGAAGGGGUUAGGUUUCAUCGACGCGUUGUGUAUGAUGGCUGGGUGUAAACACAAAAUCCACUUUGAGUUGGUCAAAAAGACUGCGCCUGAAUUGGCAGAUCGAUUUUGGUAUUUCUUGAAGAAGGAGUUUGUCGAAAUGCAAGGAAACGUCUUCUGCCCAAACCCAAAGUGCGGGAGAGCAAUUGUUGUUUUGUCGUCGGAACAAACCUCGAAUAACAUUGUGUGUCUCUGCGGGCAGAAGUUCUGUUUCAAGUGCCUUGGAGAAUUUCAUGCGCCGGCUACAUGUCAACAAGUGCAAGAUUGGCAAACAUUGUCGACAAAAGAUGAUGAAAACUCGUAUUUGUUGCUCACGAUGAAGGCGUGUUGUCAUUGUGGGUUGUUGUGUGAGCGGACGCAUGGAUGUAAUCACAUGACUUGUCCAAAGUGUCACGGCGAGUGGUGUUGGAUGUGUAGAGGUGAUUGGAAGACGCACGGCGAAAAGACGGGAGGGUUCUAUUCGUGCAACAUUUACACUGCGGGGAAAUCACUUGGAAACCAACUUGACAACAAAGCACAGGGAAUGAAAGCAUUUUACGAGAAAUAUAACCACUACUUCGACCGUUGGAUGAACCACAACUCACUCCACAGACAAACACUCACGAAAAAAGAACAAGCGAUGGAGGAAGUCUAUAAAAUGUUUGCGAUGCAGACGAGAACUAUCAACCGUAUUGAAGAGGCUUUCGACGUUCUGAUCUUGGCACGUUCGUGGCUUAAAUACUCUUACGUUCAUUCAUUCUAUUUGUCAGAGAACGGAGGUGUAUCAGAGUUGUUCAACCACCAACAGGCACAAAUCGAAACGUUUACUGAAACACUCGGUGAGCUGUUGUUUAAUCCAGUCUCAACAUAUGACACUGAAAAUAUUUCAGCGAAGGCGUCUAUCCUCAAAAAGGUUAUUGAGCAUUUCUCGUAA